AUGGAACUCCCUGUAAAGGGCAGAACAUACACCUGGAGCAACAUGCAGGAUGAUCCUUUGCUUGAACAGCUGGAUUGGUUUUUCUCAUCCACCUGCUGGACCACCUCCUUUCCAAAUACGAUGAUCCUGCCGUUGGGGAAACCGGUUUCUGAUCAUAUCCCAUGUGUGGUAGCAAUUGAAUCUAAAAUCCCCAAGUCCAAGCUUUUUCGCUUUGAGAAUUUCUGGGUCAACCACGAGGGUUUCUCUAAUGUGGUUGUUGCCUCCUGGUCCAAGCCUUGUCAUGCUCAGAAUUCUGCUGCUAUCAUUUGUAAAAAACUUAAAACACUGAGAUAUGAUCUCAAGAGAUGGAGUACAGGUAUCUCGAAGCUGAAAAAUAUGAUACAGAACAGCAAUGAGACGUUGCUCAAGUAUCAGAAUGAGUAUUGGAGGAAAAGAUGUACGAUCAGGUUUUUCAGAAUCAUCCGCAGGAUUGAGGGGCUGGACCAAUUGUCGGCACCUUUCACCAAUGAGGAGAUUGACGCUGUUAUUAAGGAAAUGCCCAAUGACAGGGCUCCUGGCCCUGAUGGCUUUAAUGGAUGUUUUCUUAAGAGUUGCUGGCAGAUCAUCAAAACAGACUUCUACAAAAUGUGCCAUGAUUUCCAAGCUGGGGGGCUUGAUAUCACCAGCAUUAGUGAGGGCUACAUCACUCUAAUCCCUAAGAUCUCUUCUCCAGAAACUGCGAAUGAUUACAAACCAAUCACUUUACUGAACUGCUGUCUUGAAAUCAUCACAAAAAUCCUAGCUAAUCGGCUACAGGAAGUCAUUCUUAAAAUCAUCCACAAGAACCAGUACGGCUUCAUUAAGGGGAGGACGAUCCAAGAUUGCUUGGCGUGGACCUUUGAAUAUAUCCAUCAAUGUCAUGCCUCGGAGCGGGAGAUAAUCCUCCUCAAGCUUGACUUCGCCAAUGCGUUUGACAUGAUUGAACAUGCUCCCAUGCUUGAGAUCAUGAAGCAUAUGGGUUUUGAUGAUAAGUGGCUAGACCUCCUUCAAGCUGCGAUUAAUGAUGCGUUUGCCAGCGGCCUUAUUGAUCUUCCUCUCCCUCAGGACAGUGCUGGAGAUUUCCCGGUCGUGCAAUAUGCUGACGACACGAUAUUGGUUAUGCAGGCGUGUGCUGACCAAGCUGCCCGUAUGAAAUCUAUUCUGGAAGACUAUGCUGCAUCGCGUGCUAGUGAGUUGGCGGGGGUGUUUGGAUGCUCUGUUGGAUCCCUACCCUUCACCUACCUUGGUCUCCUGAUGGGGACGACGAGGCCCAACGUGAUGGAUCUUAUGCCGACGGUGCACACAGUUGAGAGGAAGACAUCCACAGCACUUUCUCUGAUGUCGUCAGGAGCAAAACUGACCUUGGCAAAAAAUUCUGAUGAUGGUGUUAAAAACAACUCCCUUGCGGCCUGGGAACUUGUCUGCCGUCCAAAGCGGUGUGGUGGCCUUGGUGUAAUUGAUAUCAAGACACAGAAUGUAGCCCUGCUCUUAAAGCAUUUGUUCAAAUUCUGUAACCAUGAGGAUGUCCCCUGGGUGGAGCUGAUUUGGAGCGCGUAUUACAGAAACAAAAUCCCUCAUGCAACUGACGUCGUUGGUUCUUUCUGGUGGAAAGAUGUAAUGCAGCUCAUUGGGGUCUUUCGUGGGAUCACCAGGGUCAUCCCAGGCGAUGGUUCUAGCUCUCUGUUCUGGAAAGAUGUCUGGCUUGAAGGCGACGAUGAUGCUCCAAUCAUGGAAGUGUACCCGCGGGCUUUCUCCUUCUGCCUGAAUGAGGAUGACUCCGUUGCUAGGGUUCUCACUGCCACUGAUCCGGCCACGAUCUUUAGCUUACCCCUCUCGACCCAGGCAAGGGAGGAGUCAAAUGGAAGAUAUUUUAUAACAAUAGAGGACGCAAACGAGUAUGAGAGAAUAGGGGAGGCUGCUCAUCUUCAGGAGGCAGCUCGCCAAGCAGUAGCUGCCGCAUCUCAGUACAACCCCGACUUCAACUUUGGAUAUCCACCAGGCCACCCGUGGGCAUAG